UCAGGACAAAAUCGUAAAGGUACAGUUAUUCGACACGCCCGGUCAGUACAGUCCGCUAUUCUUUGUGGUGUCACUGAACUAGGCUGCAGGUCUUGGUGAGGGCGAUCCAGGGACAGUACCCAAUACGCAAGCUAAGGCAGCUUUGAAGCAACUUCUUCCAACUCUCAAGAAUAAGCGAGCCAUCCAUCUUGUCAUGUAUUGUGUACAUGGUGCAAAGGACGCCUGGGCGAUCCAACGCAACUACAAGUUCUUGGACUCUCAAGUGAAUGGAAGAGUUCCUAUCGUCCUUGUCGUUACAGGUCUGGAGGACCGAAGUCCAGAAAUGGAAGAGUGGUGGGCGACUAAGGAGGAAUCCCUCUCAGACCUUGGGAUGGACUUUGAUGGUCAUGCGUGUAUUACCGCUCUGACCAUUGAUGAAUGUGAUACAGUCGAGCUCAGGCAGCGCCGUAAACAGUCAUACCGCGCCGUCUGUUACCUUAUCGAGCAGCAUUGCCCACAGAAUAUGGGGGUCCCUAAGCUGACUACUCUCCCUUCUGCAAGGAAGACAAAAAACAUCGUGCUCUUUGGGGAGGCCGGUGUAGGCAAAAGCUCGGUCAUUAACCUCAUGGCAGGAGAGAAGGUAGCCCACACAUCCUCUGGCGCGGAACGCUGCACGCUGCGCUGGCAAGAGUAUGCCGUCGAUUUCGACGGCGAUUCUUAUAAGGUUUUCGAUACCAUUGGCAUCGAAGAACCGCAGGUUGGAAUCGAAGAGUUCCUCGAGUCCGCCGGAAAUGCCUAUGGGCUUGUCAAGACGUUGGAUGCAGAAGGCGGCGUUGACCUCCUUAUGUUCUGCAUUCGCGCCGGCAGAGUUAACGCCACUCUUCAGAACAAUUAUCGGCUCUUUCACGAAGUCCUCUGCGAGAAGAAGGUUCCCAUUGUUCUGGCAAUCACGGGCCUCGAAAGAGAGCAGAGGAUGGAGGACUGGUGGGACAAAGAAUAUCGUACCUUCGACAGAUAUCAGGUCGAAGUCGCUGGUCACGCGUGCAUCACUGCUGCUGAUGGAUUGGAAGGCCGACAGAGAGACCUCUAUGAAGAAUCGCGCAUUACGAUCCGUCACCUCGUCAGGCAAUUUACUGCUGAUAGGCAGCAGUACGCAUGGAUAGGAGGGGAUAAUUUGUUCGUGUCGUUGGUGCGUGCGCUGAAGAAACUACUUUCAAAGAAUUCGCAUAUCAGAAAGGCGAAACUUAUAGUUCAGCUCAAGACGCGUUGUGGGAUACCUCGGGAAGCCGCUCAACGGUUGGCUGAUAUGAUCGAGUAAGAUCUUUUUUGAAUAACUUGUGCUCA